AUGCUUGAGGCAGUUACAGAAGGCGCGCCUCCCAUGCGCAAAAGAGCCCCUGGCCGGGUUAAAAAGGCUAGACUGUGGAAAUGGGCUAGAGCCCAUGAGGAAGGGUCGGAUACCGACCGGAGUGUGGAGGCUGACUCAGACGUGAUGGAAUACGACUCUUAUGAUGAGGUUGAGUCGGGUGAGGAUUUACCCCAUACGGGUUUAACCCCUUCUGGGAACUCUAACACUACACGGGGUCCUCCACCUGGCCACACUGGGUAUAGUAAGACGCUGUUGGAUCCACAGGGCAACCCCCUGUUCAAUCCAGAUGACCUACGUCACCCCCGAUCAGCCGAGUGGGAACCCCCAGGGCAUAUCGCCCAAUAUGUUGCGCGGCGCAUGCGCACCCCCCUUUCUAAGGAGGGCCGCAAUAAAUUCCUCGCUGAAUGUCCCAGGCCUUCCCUCCCGGGCUCGGCCUGCAGGAUCCCUGAGAUUGACUCCAAGAUCGUGCAAUUUUUAAACAAGUCAGACUGGAAACCGAAAAAGGGCCUGGACUACUCCCUAAAGGGAUGCCAAGACAAAAUUCUAGAUACCCUGGGCUCUUUGUCGAAGCUGUAUGAGCUUCUGGAUGCCGCUAGAGCUGCCGACUUGGCCCUGGAUGUAGAUGUGGCCAUAGGAUGGGUCCAGCGGGCUAUUUGUCUUCUGGGGAAUGCGAAUACCGCUAUGUCAACAGAGAGACAUAAAGCGAUUUUGCUAAAAAUCAACCCCAAAUUGGCUGCCAUGACGGUGGCGGAACCGAGCUCAUCCGACGAUGGGAUGUUAUUUGGUACCACCUUCGUGAAGGACCUGGGGUCAUACGUUAAAACCUUUACGGCCAUUGAUAAAGCCGAGGCCAACAUGAAGCGCAUGUUUGCACCUAAGGUUUUCGGAGGGGCCGGGCGUAGCAGGAGCCGUCCACCAGGCCGUGGAUUCCGAGGCUCAUUCCAAGCCAACAGAGGUUCCUUUUUCCCAUCCCGGGGCUUCUAG